AUGCAAUUGUCGUAUAAGCUUAGCGUGGAUACUAUUUUGAAUGCAGUUGAGUUGAAAUUUAAAGAUUUGGCCAAGCGAUUCGCCGAUUUAAAAAAUGAAAUAAAAUGCUUAUAUCUUUCUGGCAACAACAACCUUCGCAUUGCGGAUGUAUGUUCAUUGGUAAAUAGUUACUCGGAUGGUGCUGUUAAUCAGUAUCAAAACACUGCUAACGCAAACAAUAGUGCUACUUGUUCUUCCACCGCUAAUGGUACACUUGCUGUUCCUGUCACUCAAUCGUCUAAUAUCGUACCUGCUCUACAAUCUAAUAGAACAUUUGUCAAUACAGUGGAUUCGAAUUCGCGCCCGAUUGCAUUGUUAUCUCCAUCUCAUGGUCCUUGUCCAGAUAAAGGCUACUCUGUUAACCUCAGAUCUGCUGCCUCGUAUCCUACUACAGCUGCUCUGUUAGCUUCACCUAGAGCCACUGGUCCUGUUAUUGCUGCUGUUAAUAUCGAUUCCAAUGCUAAUGUCGCUGUUAGCACGGCUACCAAUGCUAAUGUUGCUUUUAACACCGCUGCUACUAAUAACAUUCACUCUACAUCAAUAAUCCAUCCGAAUUUAAUCCCUAUGGAAAAUUUAUCAACUCAAUCAAUUGAUAUUUCUGGUGCUCCUCUGCUUCGUAGCCCUGGUGGUGACAAAGGUAAUUGGACUAAAGUGCCUCAUAGAAAUGUCAAGAGGCGGAAUAAUGUUAUUCGUGGAUGCAAUGCAAACAGUGAACUUGAUGUUAUAGUUAAGAAGAGAUGGGUGCAUGUCUCCUCUUUUAACCCUGAAAUCUCGGAGCAAAGCGUUAUCGAAUAUGUCGCAAAACAAACUGGCAUUGCCAUUAAACAUCUAGCCUGCAAUAAACUUGUAAAAAAUGGCACAGAUACUGUGGAGUUGAGCUUUGAUUUCCCUUUCUAUGGCCAUCCUGUGCGGAAUGUUACAGUGGCAACAGGUGGUUUCCUUUACACAGGUGAUUACGUACACUCCUGGUUAGCAGCAACACAAUACAUUGCACCAUUAAUGGCUAACUUCGAUACCAGCUUAUCAGACGAAUCCUUCGUACGAAUCAAAGAUAAUGGCACUGCAUUCACUGUAAUUUGGGAAAAGGUGUCUUUGCAAGAUAAACAAGAUGUUGGAAAAUUUACGUUUAGUGCCACGUUACAUAAGAACGGCAAUAUUGUUUUCAUCUACUACUAUGUUCCCAUCGAUAUCAAUGCCAUUCAAGAUGAUAAGCAUCCCGUUAAAGUCGGCCUAUCUGAUGCGUACAUAAUUGACAAAACGGUUUUCUAUACGCGCAGGAAAACCAUUUACGAGUAUCAUCGCAUAAACUUAUCUAAUACUGGCAUAUCGAAUGCAACAAUAAUUUAUUUGCAAGCUUUACCUACCUGCCUUGAUUACAAAGAUUGCGCGGCUUGUAGCAACCAUAAGACUUCAUUUGAUUGUACGUGGUGCCCAACUUUAAACAGAUGCUCGACUGGCACAGAUCGCAAAAAACAAGAAUGGCAACAGAAAGGAUGUGAUCGUACACAAAUAAUGGAUGCGUCUGCUUGCCCUCCCCUUGGACAGAGAGGUAACAAUGCGAGUCAAGAAAGCAGCAAUAGCAGCACCAGCGGCAGUACCAAUACUACUCCCACAAAUGUGCCUAGCGCCAACAACGAAAAUGACACCCAGAAUAUAACUGAAAAGAGUGCGAAUGCAAAUGAGACGAACAGUGCUAGUAUUACGCCGGUGCAUAAUGACACCAAUGUGGCGAAAGUAGUGAAUGAACCUUUAGAAGCACAUGCUGAGUCGAAAAGCAUGGGGCUUGCUCUUGGCUUCCUCGUGCCCAUAUGUCUAGUGCUAACUAUGGUAUUGUGGGUGUUUUAUGCCUACAGAAAUCCACAUACUAAAAGCGGACAACUUUUAAUUCAGUCGAAGCACUUGCAUCAGUACCGCCCAAGUCAAUGGUCAUGGCGACGUGGAGAGGCACGUUACACAGCUGCAACGAUUCACAUGUAAUGCAAAUUUAUCCUCCCUACCCUUCUUAUCCCGCAUCUAUGGAUGUUUAAAGUAUAUUUAAAUAUUGCUGCAUUGUUUGGAGCAAGUUAGACAUUUCGUUAAUUAUUGAAAUUUUAUUUCUGUCCUUUUAUUAUUGAAAACGUUAUGAGAAAGCCAAAACUAUUUAGUACUAAGCAAGUAAAAAAAAACCUCUUACGCCUGUGUAUUAUUGUUUUGUUAUUUGCCCACUAUCGUGCACCGUUACCCCCAAAAGGAGUUUCUAUGUACUUGGGGAGAAAAAUCACUAUAACAUAAGUGUAAUGCAAUGAAAACAAUGUAAGGGAAGCAAAUUAUAUAAUUUUUACGAUUGGAAAAGACAAACCCUUCAUACAUGUAAACAACAACUAAGGCAAAGAACAUAGUGCAGCGGCGAGGAAAGCGUUGAAAGAGCAACAUAACAUCUAAAAAUGUAAUUAAAUUUAGCUCUUAUAAUUUAAUUUUCUUUAUUUUGUUAAAAAUUGACUUGUUUUUAUAGAAUUUGCAUAAUUCCAGAAUUAAAGCGAGAAAUUUAAAAAACUGAUAUUUAUCGUAAAACUCUAAAAAAUUCUACAAUCUUGUAAUCUUUUUAUAGUUUUGAGUCAAUCACAUCUAAAUAGCAAAGGAAAUAUCAUCAAGCAUAGAGAAGAAAUCAAAAUAUUUUAAAAUCGACGCUAUGCAUUAAAAAAUGCACGUUUAUAAUUGACGCUUUGCUCGUUCUCUUUGCUCUGUUUCUACACUUCGAAGGCGAGACACUCAAAAUCCCGGAUAUGCAAGACUUAGACUUGGCCUAAAUAGAAACUUAGAAACUAUUACUCUCCGUGUCAUCUAUUGCUUUUUCUUUUUUUAUCGUCAGCAUUUGUAUUUGUACACGCAAAAUUGUAAACGUUUAAUUUGUUUGAGGUAAAA